CCCGCCGAUGAUGGCAUGACCUGGUGGUACAGGUGGCUCUGCAGGAUUGCCGGGGUCAUCGGGGGCAUGUCCUGUGCCUUCGCUGGUCUCUGGAACUGUGUCACCAUCAACCCCCUGAACAUCGCGGCCGGCGUGUGGAUGAUGCUCAACGCCUUUGUCCUGUUCCUGUGCGAAGCCCCCUUCUGCUGCCAGUUUAUCGAGUUUGCGAAUGCCGUCUCCGCGAGGGCGGACAAGCUGCGGCCCUGGCAGAAAGCUGCUUUCUACUGCGGGAUGGCUGUGUUCCCCGUCAUGCUCAGCCUGACGCUGACCACGCUCUUUGGAAAUGCCAUUGCGUUUGCCACCGGGGUGCUUUACGGCCUGUCGGCGCUUGGCAAAAAGGGAGAUGCCAUUUCCUAUGCUCGGAUCCACCAGCAGCAGAAGCAAAUGGAUGAAGAGAAGCUCACGGGCGCCCUGGAGGGGCAGGCUCUCUGAAGCACACGAGCUCGGGGUAACCUCUCCCGGACACUGAGAUGGUGAAGAUACGGAAAUCCACUCUGCCCUUCCCUCUGCCCACUCCCCUCUCUGUUACGCUACGAUUUCCCUGGACACUGGAGCAACUGGAAAUCUCAGGGGCUGGGGCGGGCUGUGCCCUCUUCUCGCACCAGCAGCCAGACCUCAGCGCGUUGGCCCCCUCUAUCCUCCUCAACCCUCAACCAAAUAUCUCACGGUCCCCCUAUUUUUUAAUUUUUCAAUUUUUUUUUUUUUUUUUUUGCUGCAGAGGUGCUGGCUCUUUGAGUGCUGCUUUACAAGCCUGAAUAGGUAGCCUUUCUUUGGAGUGACGCCUGCUAACGAGCCCAGGAUGCAGUGCUCGUUUGGGAACUGCUCUCCGGAUGGGGUGAGGAAGGACAGAGCUGACGCGCCAGCUCCUUGCAAGCGUUGGUCUCAUGGGAGUCAGGGAGCUGCUGGCCUCGUGCCUGGAGAUUAACCUGCCAUUGCACAUUACACGUUUUUAGUAACGCUCUCUGGUGUGGCCCUUCCCAGGUAUAAUACACUAAUCCAGGGUUUAGCAAUACAUGGUGAUGCUUAAGCUUGGUUUUCUUCCAUUGAGUAUAUUUUAAUAUGGGUCCAGUUAGGCCAGGCAUCGGAGGCAUCGCUGCAUGGGAAAGGACUUCCAGCAAAAAACCCAUAUAAAGACAAUAACCAUCUCUGCAGAGGAUCUGCCAGAGGUGCUGGGGCAGAUCCUGGUACCUACAAAGCACAGUCCCCCUUUCCUCUGGAUACAGCUGCAGGCAGUUACUGCAAUUUACUUGAAUUAUAAGAAUUAAUUACUUUGUCUUAAUAAGGGUACUUUUCUUAAGCUUCACUCUUUUACUGGGGAAGAAGGGAAAUAAGGUUUGCUUUACCUCAGCUGAAAAAGGGUACUAUUGCUUGAGCAAAGUGGGAUUUUUUGUGGGUAUAAGGUUUACCGAUGUGCAAGAGCAUCCUUCUCUCGUGAGCCCGGGACUCUGCUCUGUUAUCUCUCACUCCCUGCAUCCACUCCUGCCCCCAUGGCCCAUCCCUUUGCGCAAGGGACCUGCUCUUUGCUUCUGUCUGGUACAGCCUUUCUUCUUGGGCUCAUGUUCGUUUUGCAUCGGUCCUGGGCUGGUUUUGUAUGGGGAGGUGGCAUAUCCUUCCUUUGCAAACAGAGAGAGGUCUGCACCGUUUCAGUGUGGAUAGCUGGGAUGUCUUGCUGCUUUAUUCCAGUCUCCACCAGUGGUUCUCGCAUUGUAUUUUCUGUUUGCUUUGUAUCAUGCAGAACAAAACUGCUCACUGAGUCCAGAUCCCCCUCUUCUUAUUAUGGUUUCUUCUGGGGGGGGUUAAUUUAUUUGAUUUUACAUGAUUGCUUUUUAUUUUGAUUAGGAAAAAGGGGAAUAAUUUAUUUCUAGUUAUUUAAGUAUUUUGAUGGGACUCAUUUUCUCUGGACAUAGGAGAAAGGAGU